CUACAGCUGAUCGACCGUCUUUCCUGUGAGCUUCAGCCUUUCAAAAGAGACGAUUUCAGAUAUCCACCCAGAAAGUAAGUAGAGGUUGUCAGGCGCAUGACUCCCAUCGAUCGACGCGUAGCCUCCCAUGGUCUUCGCAUAUGCCUUUUCGAACAGCGUCACCCAAAGCUGAUUGGAGAGGGGAGCAGACGUCGCCGUCAACUUUUUUUGCAGUCUCUUCGUGAGAGUGGGGACGGUAUCGUCAAGGACUACCUUUCUCGCCUCCCCGUUGAAGUACAAUUUGAUCACGUACUUGCCUUCAGGGCGAACGACGGGCUUCAGGCUGUCAGGUCGCUCUUUUGGGUAGAUGCUCUUGGUCAAGAUAGGCUUGCCGGUCUGCUCUUCACAGUUGGCCAGGGCAACAAGCGAGCUCAGGAAUGCACAGUCUCCGACAGGCCCCUGCUUGACGCUGUCUGCCGAUAAGAGGUCGGUGGCCACGACUGGAUUACUGACGAUCUCGGGGAGGUGUCUCCACAU